UUUAUCUAUUCCAAAGCUUCUCAUUCAAGCACAUAUUCCUCUCAAUAUUAUAGUCUCAUAUACUCAUUGCUUUAUUUUUAUUUUUCCCAUAGCAAAAACUAUUCAUCCAUUGUCGAAGAUCAACCCUACGAGUGACUGCUAGAGAGUUAUGGUUCGUGUCGUGAGGCUGUAUACGUUACCCACAUUUGGUGAUGAGAAAACAACAAACUCGAUUGAGAUGGUCUUCAUGGAUGAACAUAGCGUCGGGAUCACUGCAGAGCAGUUCAAGGAGGUGUUGGCGGCCUUGACACCCAAUCGCGAGGUUGUGGUGGAGGACGCGACCGGAGAACCCGCAGGCGGGAAGGCUGGACCUGCGGGCUCGGGGGGAAAGAAGAAGAAGAAGGUAAGGCGGUCCCAAAAGAAGAAGGCGACCAAGCCCAACGGGAAGGCAAUGAUGGAGGAUGAUAUGUCCAUAUUGGACGAAGAGGAUGAGUCGUCCUCCUUUGAGCGGGCGUCAGCUUUUGAUCGGUUGGGAGAUCCCAAAUCAAAGAAGCUCCAAACCUCAGCAUUCGAUCGGUUGCAGGACACUUGGUUAGCUCGCAAGGGCGACCUGAGAGAGACACUCAAGGAAAGGAGAGGAGAAUCCUCAACAACUUCCAAGAUCAGCUUGGAAGAGCGACGAUUGGCGAUCGAGGACAAGGAAGCGGUCGAGUUAUGGAGGAUGUAUGAGCGUUUGGAGAAGCGGCUGGAUGCCCAGAAUCCGUACUGCCAAGCGGUCUUUAGCGAGCAGAUGCUAGCCAGGGAGAAAUAUUUGGCGUUGGAAGAAGAAGAUGACGAGCCACCUGUUCGGAAGGAGAAGAAGAGCGGACAACCAGUGGCAGAAGGAAGAAAGAGGAAAGAUUUUGGUAGGGGGCCAAACCCUACGGGAUAUCAAGCGAGCAGACAACAUGUUCAUGCGAUACAGUCCUUGCCAGUCCCUCCCCGCAAACGGGAAAGCUAUAGUGUCCAAGACGCACCCAAGUACUGUGAAUACCAUCGUAACAGCACCCACAACACGUCGGAGUGCGUUACGUUGAAAAAGGAAAUGGACCAGCUAAUCGCUAGAGGACCGCCUCCUUGGCUAGAGCGACCAGCACCGGGGAACCGAACUUGGAGGAGGCCGACGGCCGCCGCCGCAGCGAUCCCCGCUAGGGAGGGGCAAGAGGACAGAAGACGACAUCUAGGAAGAGAUUGUGACGACCUAGAUGAGGAAGAGCGACAGAAUCGCCGUCAUUUGGGAUGUCGGUUCAUUAUGGGUGGCAAUACCGGAGGGGACUCGGCAUCCUCACGGAAAAAGUCAAAGAACAUGGUGCACCUAGCUGAGGUGCAAAGGCAACCGCUACCCAAGCGGAAGAAGAAGGAACCUUUGGUCUUCACGGAUGAAGAUUACCCGCCGGUUCUAAGCCCCCAUCGAGACGCACUAGUGGUAAAGGUGGAGAUCAAUAACGUGGUCGUCCACCGCACGUUGGUCGAUACUGGCUGCUCGGUCAACAUUAUGUACAGUAACACUUUCAAGGAGCUAGGAUUGUCUCGGGGCGACCUGAAGCCAAUCCGCACCCCGCUGUCAGGAUUCACGGGGGACACUAUCGAAGCGGAAGGAACCAUCACGGUGAAGGCUGGGGUAGGAGAUGACACCCACCGACUUUGGCUCGACAUGGAAUUUAUGGCCUGGGCGGACUUCGUGGUAGAGUGCACCGCAAGGGAAGUAGAGUCCAACGGAGAAGAGCCCGAGGGAAAUUGGUGGACCAUAUUCACCGAUGGCUCGUCCGCGACCGAUGCUUCGGGGGGAGGCGUCGUGGCGAUAUCACCAGAAGGAUUCAAGGCAUACUACUCCGUAAGAUUCCGGUUCAAGGUCUCAAACAAUGAGGCUGAGUACGAGGCGCUUCUCUACGGUUUGAGGCUGGCAGCAUCACUGAAAGCUGAGCGGAUUCAGAAGAUCAUCACAAGUAAUGGAACCCAGUUCGAGGCUAAGCGGUUCAAUGAGUUUCUGCAAAGUUGGGGCAUAAAACAUAGCUACGCUGCAGUCCGGUACCCCAAGACCCAUGGGCAUGUCGAGAAUACUAACCGCACCAUUGUGGACGGCUUGAAAAAUAAGAUAAUGGAGUGCAAAAGCGUCUGGGUGGAAGAGUUGCCCUACAUCCUAUGGACCUAUAGGACCACCCCAAGAAAAGCAACAGGAGAAACUUCGUUCGCGCUCACGUAUGGGUUCGAGGCAAGGGCUCCAGCUGAGACCUCUUUGCUAAGUUAUAGAGUGGAAACGUUUGAUGCCCAGGAGAACGAAGAGAGCUUAAGAGCGGAGUCACAUCUCAUAGAUGAGCGAAGAGAAAGGGCAUACAUCAGGGCAAAGAACUACCAUCGGCAGGUUAAGUCGUACCAUGAUCAGAGUGUGCGACCAAGGUAGUUCAAAAUGGGCAAUUGGGUUCUAAGGAAAAGAGAGGUCAGUCGAUCGAUCAAUGGGGGAAAGUUUGCCAAAAGUUUCGAAGGACCAUACAUCAUUAAGGAGGUAUUAGCUGAUGGAACCUUUAAGCUGCAAACACCAGCGAGAAGCAACGUCCCGUGGGUAUGGAACGCUGCCAAUCUCAUCAAAUUUUAUCAGUACAAUGUACUCCUGCUAUGAUUCUCCUUUGAGUUUAAUAAAAUCAGCAUUUGGCACUUCCUGGUUCCAUCUCUUCUUGAAUUUCAUUGUUCAAAAACAAAAAAAAGGGAAGCGACCAAAGAGAUCGCUAAUAAAAGCUACAUGGUGAU